CAUUUUCCCUCUAUGAUGUUUCAGUUGAAGUUAGUGGAUAAAAACUCCAAAGAAGCAGAAUUUGCUAAAAGUGCCUUGUUCUCAAAGCAUGCAGAGAUGAAAGACUGGCCUGAGGAUCACAGCUUCCAGUUCUUCAAGUUAGAAAUUGAGAAUAUAUUCUUGAUUGAUUGGUUUGGCGGUCCAAAGCCUCUCACAUUGGAUCAGUACCUGCAUACUAGCUUGUGA